CUUUUACAUUAAUGAUUCUCUCUUUUUCUUUUCUGUCGCAUUCGGAAAAUAGCAGUCAAUGUGACUGAACAUGAGCCCCUUUUCUCACAAAUGUGGGCUUUAUUUUUUUGUAAUCCUCUGGGGAGCGUCCUCGACAACAGGCUCGUUCCUUCCCCCCACCCCGGUUAACGUCAGCUUCUCAUCGCUGAACCUGAGGAACUUAGUCCAAUGGAUCCCAGGCCAGGGAACUCCGGACGGCACCCGCUACACCGUCCAGUUGGCUAUAUACGGCGACAGCGUGGAGGGCACCAAAGGCAAGCGGGUGAACUGGAGGCCCGUGCCGUGGUGCAAGGAAACGGGGAGGACGUGGUGCGACGUGAGCCGCGAGACGUGGGACCUGCAGCAGGAGUACUACGCGCGGGUGCGCUCCGUGGGCUCCGCGUUCUCUAAAUGGGUCGUGACAGACACGCGCUUCGCCCCGAAAUCUGACACUACGUUUGGGCCACCUCAAAUCUCGGUGGAAGUGAAGGAUAACAACGCGAUCAUCCUCCUGUCGGGACCAAUCAGGUACCAGCCAGACGAGCACGCCCCGCCCAUUUCCAUGGCGUCCAUCUACCCGCGGAUGACUUACAACCUUUCGGUGCACAACACGCGCCAAGAGCAGGUGCAUCAUUUCCCCGUCAGCUCCAGCCAGUACAAAUACAGGCUGAUGGAUUAUGACAGCGAAUAUUGCUUCUCGGCAAAAGCCAAAUUACUGUCCCUGCACUCCUACUGCCACCAGUCGGAGAGGCACUGCAUCAAGACGGCCAAAGAUCCUGUCAGCGGCCAGGUGUGGAUGGUGGUUGUGGGUAUUGCGGUUCCGUCGCUGUGCAUCUGCGUUCUUCUUGUGAUCAGCUACAUUCUCUAUCACUACCUGAUGGGGAAUGGACAGAAAAGACCCAAUACCUUGGACUUGGUUUUUUUAGGACAUCAAAUUAUGCCCUUACCGCAAGACCUCAUCACUCGCCUCAACAGCGAGUGCUCUUCGGACGACGACGACGACAGCGCAUCGGGCUGCGGAUCUCCCAACGCCAUCCAGAAUCCACAACCGGCACCACAGCCAGUAGAACCCAUUAAUUACUUGCCGAGCUACGGCGAGAUUGUGAUGUGUACGACAGAGGCCGGUGCACAGGGCGACAACCACCCUGAAGAGAAUGACAGCCACCCCGCAUCUCAGUGCUACUUCCCGCAAGCGCAAAGGAGUGAUCCUCCGGAAAAUGCGGCCCAAAAUCAAGCAGACUUUUCACCGUACUCGUAUUUGGCCAAUACGGCUCCAGAUGGCCUAAGGAUACCAGUGACCAAGGGGAAGGAGGUCACAGGGACCCCGUACAGGAUGCAAAAUGAAGACGUUCAAAGCGUGCCACCCCCUUUUGCCUGCCAUGGCGGCCCUUCGGACCUAACCGCUGACGACUAUGGCGUCCUUGUGCCGACUGCGGCGGAGCAAGACGAGGAGGGAGGACCGCUCUGCAUUGACUGGGGCCCACAAAUGACGCAGUUGGUGCUGGAAACGACGGUGAUGCAGGGGGAGGACGGAGGAGGCGGCGAGACGGUGGCAAAUGGCGAUCUGAGGUCGGAAAAGGGGUUUCUCGGGCAAGCGUCGGAGGAGGAGGCGGGGCCGCCGCAGGCCGGCGCUGCAGGCUGGGAGAUGGAUGAAUUCGUAAAAAAUUGGAACUUGGUCAUCUCCAUGAAUGAGUAGCGCCGCCUGAGCACGCGGACCUGGAGCAUGGGGUCUUCU